UUUCGAUUGUACGAGGUACUGGCUAGGCCUACUCGAUCGAGCAAGCGACCUAGGUACCCAGUAGUACCCAUCCCCGCGCCGCAACGUACCCGCUUCCGUGCCGGUGCAGUUACGUUGUUGUCCUUCAUAGCGAUGCUCUGUGCAAGCUCAGGUUACUCCACGAUUUCAAGGCCACGUAGUUCUGGUUUAGUUUGGAGUUGCUGCUGUUUCAACUUUCCAAGAUAUAAAUCUUAGAUUAGACUGAUACUCUUUGACUGUAUUUGGCUGAUUUGGAUGACCUUCUGAUGUUCUGAUGAUUGUGUAAAGUCAGCUGCUGCAAUGCCUCUGUACAGAUUUCAUGAGAACCAUGGGGUGAACGUACGGCUUGGUGAAGAUGGUGAAGCCGCCAAGCGUACCACCAGCUUUGCCAAUGCCAUCUCUUUCAGCGAGAAGCCUCUCCUACCCGGAGAGAUAUUUAUGGUAGAGGUAGAUGAGCAGGAAUCUGGAUGGAGCGGACAUCUGAGAUGUGGACUGACUCAACACUGUCCUUCCAAGAUGGCAGCGCUUUCUCCCGGUGAUGCCAUUUCACCAGCCGAAGCAAUAGGAGACGUGAUACGCAUUCCCCAGUACUCUAUGCCAGAUCUGACCAGCAUGGGGAGAUCAUGGAUCUUCGCCAUCACAAAGCACCACAACAAGGUGCCACGAACAAUACAGGACGACGACGAAGAGCAGAUGGAGACGAGCUCCUUCAUCCAGAACUGUGGCAAUGCACUCCAGGUCGGUAAUAAGAUCCUGCCUCAAUCCCUCCUCGUCAAAGACUUCUGUCACAUAGACCUAGAAUCGACUGGUCAUACCCUCUUCAAGAAUGGCAAACAGUUCUUGGCAACAUCAAUAGGUAGCAGAAUCGGCAUGACGUAUGAGAUACAGACUAUAUCGCCUACUGAACACAGAGUAUUAAUGCAUCUCAUUAUCAAUGGGGAAGAUCAGGGCCCAUCCCUAAUGGACAAUGCAGACUUGGAAAGCCCCUUUUAUGCCAUAGUGGAUGUCUAUGGAACUACAAAGCAAGUCAGAAUUGUUCAGCUGAAUUAUGUUCCCACACUCCAGGAAUGCUGUCGGAUGAGAAUACGAACCAGCAUCAAGGAGAAUCAAGUGGAUAGAUUGCCCCUUCCUGCAAAGCUCAGAAGGUUCCUAAGAUUUGAAUCAAUGUAAUGUGAAUUCAGUGUCCAAUGUCAAAGGUCAAACACAGUUCAGGCUUGCUGGCCAUGAACUCGCUCCUGAAAUAUCCCCCCCCCCCCCCAUAUUUCAGAAAUAGAGUAGUCUACUCCACUGCCUAGACUGUUAUACGCCCGAUCAGCCGAGUAAAUAACACACCAUCAACGCUAAAAUGGAGACAGUCCUUUCAUUCUUACCCUUAAUGGGUGUAUUUCUGGGGAUCAUGCGAUCUGUGAAGGAUGUGUUUUGGAUGAAAGGAAAGGGGGAAAUGAUGAUUGAAGAAAAAAGAAUCUGGACUGGUCAUAGACAUGUAAUUUACAUAGAUGAAGUCAAGCUGGAUUGAAAUACAUGUAGCCUACAUGGUAUUAUAUGCCUAUGAGGCAUUGGUAAACAAAAGGUCCAACUUUGUUGGUAAACCUGAAUUUACAUGUAACCUAGAGAGUACAGAUGAUAUGUGAGUAAUGCUCCACUCUGCCUGAGCUGUGUUUUGCCUGUAUAGUGAGAAUCAGUUAUGAACACUAAACAUUUUUAAAGCAGCUUAUAUUCCCAACUAUUUAUAACAGCAAGAACUCAUCAAAUAUUCUAAUUUCCCUAAAAGUAAUAAUAUAUGUACAUAUGAUCAUAUAUAAUGAUAUAUUAAUUAGAUAUAUGUUGAUAAUAUGCUGUCCUGUAAUGCUGUAGCAAGCAACACAACCACACUAGUUUGUAGUGCCCAAUGAUUAGGUGGGCUUCGUUUUAUUCCAUUUGUGAAGCAAAUCAAAUACCAUGCAAUAGGCAGCACUUUGAUAUAGAUAGAUCUUGUGUUUCAUGAAUGUAGGUCUCCAAGUAUUGAGCUUCUUUCUUACUGCCAUGACCCGGAUGACCCCUGAGAAUCUUCUAUAGGAUGUGCCAUGAAAAGUAAAACAGUGGUAGAUGCAAUUUGUUCAUUGACCCUUUCAUAUUCGCCCUAUUCUCCAAUUAUUCUUUCAUAUUACCGUAGCCCUUUUCUCCAAUUAUUCUCAUCCAGGCAAUAGUCUUAUGUUAACUUUUCAUCAGCUUUGGUCAAGUAAUGAACUAAACAUGAUUGUCACAGUUGCCUUUUGUCACAAACAUAGCCUACAUGUACUGUAUACUCCAAACAUUGUGGCAUUCCACGGUGUUGAUUCAUGAUGAAUAAAGUGUAAAACAAACAAACAAACAAACAAACAAACAAACACAGUGGGUAAACAACAUGAACCUGUCACUAAGCACACAAAAUGAAUAAAUGACAACAUGAGGUGAGGUUUACCCAGGAGGACCAACUGCCACGUGUCAUUCUUGGGAUAACCUGUAGAGAUCUCCAGCCCCCCCCCCCCCCCCCCCCCCCCCCGGCCCCCCACUCCAGGGUCAGAGGGAUCGCAUGCAUGUUCCCAAAAUGUCUGUUAAAGGGGUACUUUUCACGCACCAACGUCCGGCUUGUAGUACACACAAAUCUGGCCCGUAUUGACUUUACACACCGGACUUAGGGGGUGUUUUCAAAAGGAGGAAACAUGCAUAUGCAUACCCUAAAUAACAACACUUAGUGGGGGGGGGCCGGGAUCUCCCCUUUUUGAUCCAGAGGACGGUUACAGCUACAUGACUUGUUUGAGGGUACUACAUCAACCGUGGAAUUAUCUAUGUUCAAAGAAUGCUAAGUUGUGUGACUGACUGGCUUGCUUAGUGAAUGGCUUACUGUGUCAGUACAUGAAGGAAAAUGUACAAUAUUUGCUUUGCAUUUGUUAGUAGCUAUUUUUCAAGCGGUAAUAUCAUAGUCACACCAUGGAUAUAGUACAGUUCAUGGUCACACUGCCAAAUAGAUGUACAGUAGACUCUAUACUGACUCCAACCAGACAGAUUUCUGGCUAUUAAUUGGACCGAGUUAAAGCCAUUAGUUGUUCAGUUUAUUUUCAGUUUGGAGUUGGUCUUGUUUUUUUGACUGGCAUAUGAUUUUCAAAUCCAUGAAACUGAUGAAAUUCCUAUUUUACAUGGUUUAGGGCACUCCCAUGCAAUGUUUCCUAUGUAAUGUUAUGCUUUUAGCACUUUUUUCAUCCAUAAAUGACAAUCCGUGAUAUGAGACCAUUGACUGAUUUGUCUUUCUAGUAUUCUUCCAAAUAGCCAACAGUCAUAUCAAGAUAUUCCAUUGUUGGAUGAGAAUGAAAUGAAUGAACUUAUGUAAUAUAACACGCAUUGAGCAGAUUCAUCCUUUGAAUCCCACGGUUGUGGGCGCCAUUUUAAUUUACGAGUAAACAAACCAAAUGACCUCUAGAGGUCAUUUGGUUUGUGCGUAAAUUAAGAUUGCGCCCAUGCAAAUUAUGAUGUGAGCGCACAGCGCAGCGCGCAGGCAGUGAUGUCAUCGUUUUCAGAUGACAUGGCCCAGUUAAAUUUAUUUACUCGUGCGCUCACAUCAUAAUUUGCAUAUGGGCGCAAUCUUAAUUUACGCACAAACCACUGACCUCUAGGUCAUUGGAUUUGUUUACUCGUCAAUUAAAAUGGCGCCCAUGUCUGCGCAUGCGCACUGAUGUAACCGUAAACUGGUGUAUUAAGGGUUCGUUCAAGCAAAUUGAACGCACCCAUACAUGAAGCUCUCGUAUAUAUGAGACAUGGACUAUAGUCAUAGCAGGUGCAUGCCAUAGGCUCUUGUGUUUGUUCUCAUACAAAUCCAAUAUGCAGUGUGUUUAACCAGUAAACUUAUGUCUACAUUUCAAAUCAGUAUUGCAUUACGCAUGUUGGUUUACACAACAUGGCUCUUUAUGCUUAUCAAAUAAGCACUUGAAAACUAAAGUAUGCAUAUUAAUCAUGUGCAAACAAAGUACAAUCCGUUAUGACAGUGAUACAUCAUCAGGAAAUAUGUGUGUAUGGGCCAGCCAGGUAUUAUUGCAGUGUUAGUGUAAAUAAUCUUGGGGCAAAAAAAAAGACAUUAUAUUUUUAUGGGAUA